GACGCGUUCUGACUCCAACACCAGUAAAGAAUAAAUAAGCAAGCAUGUCUUUCUUAAAUGUUUAAAAUUAAACCCACCUUCAAUGUUUUGAUAUUUAAUGAAGAAAGAUCUACAUUAUAAUUAUGGCGGGCAAUAUAAAAGACAAGGAAGCUUUUCAGAGACUCAACUUUCUCUACCAGGCAGCUCAUUGUGUGUUAGCCCAAAACCCAGAGAACAUUGAACUGGCCCGAUUUUACUGCUUCACUCAGAAGACCAUCGCCAAGCGCCUGGUCCUGAGACAAGACCCUUCAGUUAAAAGGACUCUAUGUAAGAAAUGCUCCGCUUUACUGAUUCCUGGAGUUACAUCAACUGUCCGACAACGAAAAAGAGGUUCUCGAGGGCAACGAGUGACAGUAGUGCGUUGUCUCAGCUGUGGUCAAACUAAAAGGUUUCCCAACAAUCCUAAACAUCAGCUAUGGGUGGACCAACCACAGGCUCAAUUAGAGAAUCAGCUCCAGACAGAAGCUCAUCCUUCAUCCAAAGCAGUGGCCCAGGGGGAGAAAUCUAAUAAAUCAAAUGUUGGAACACCGGUCAUCCCAAGUCCUACCUCAUGAGUGCAAGCCUAAUCAAGAUUCAUUAAUUUAUAUUCUGCUCAGACCUUUGUUAGAAGUUUCAGUUGCUGUAAUUCAAUCUGACAACAUCAUGUCAUUAAAAUGUGUUAGCUGGAGGCAUCUCUGAGCACACAAUUAAAGCCUGAUUUGCUGAUGCUAGAACUUUUUCCUAAGACUAAAACAAACUCCAAAGGUUGAUUACAGCUCUAAUGAAUGGUACAUCUAGUGAAAUCUAGAAAGGUAAUGCUAAGGACUUCCAGUUGUGCUGUAUAAGUAAAUUAUAUGGUAUGAACAUUUCAUUCAUGGGCUUGUCUGCUGGUCCAAAAUGAGUAAUAUUUUUUAUUCGAAAGUGUAUGUGGAAAGCCACAGAUCACAUAGAUAUCUGAGGUACCAUUUUAUAUCUUAGAAUCUUUUUAAUCACAUAUAAAACAUCAAAUGUUUUAUUAGAAGUAAUACUGUUCAUUUCCUUUUGUAAUACUUAUCAACCAUUUUAUAUCUUUCUGUGGAUGAAAAAAAGAGUGUAAUGGUGUAAUGUUGUCAAGUUGAGCUUAAUACAUCUGCACAUACAACAUAAAGAAGAUGAUAAGCACACAUCAGCUCCCUCUCAGUUUGAUGUAUGAAUCUAUGUGAAUAAUGUUUAAAAUACUGAUGUCCCUGUUAGUAGGAACUGUACACUAAAUCACACUUAAAUAAAAGGUAAACAUUUUAUUACUAUGAAAUACACUC